AUGAAUAUUCUGCUGAUUUGGUUUUUGUGCAUUUCAUGGGUAUAUUCUUUUCUUUCAAUCAUUUAUCCCCACUACCAUCAUGUUAACCCCAUAUUUCAACUACUUAAGAGUGCUCAGAGCUUUCUUAAUUGUUCCAACUGUCUUUGUGUCUUUUAUUGUAUAAAAAUUGCCAAUUUCAGGAACAGCUUCUUUAUCUACCUGAAAAAAAAAAUUGACAGGAUGGUACCCUGGCUCUUGUUGGGGUCAGUGUUUUUCUCCGUAGUCAUCGGAACCAUUGUCUACGACGUCACUGACAAAGCUUUCUGUAAAAACCUCAAUUUCACCUGCCGAGAAUGCAUUUGGAAAGCAAGGAUCAGAAGAGAGGAAUAUUUUCUCCCCUUUUCUUUUAGCAUUGGCUUCAGCUAUGCCACUCCAUUCACAGCAGUCAUCUUUUCUGCCCUUCUGCUUCUCUUUUCCCUCUGGAGACACAAACGCAACAUGCAGACACACUCCAUGAAGGACCUCAGCAUGGAUGUCCACAUCAAAGCCAUGAAAUGCAUUCUCUCCUUUUUCAUAAUGUACAGCAUGAACUUUGUAUUUUUUAUCUUAUCACUGACUUCUGCAAUUAAGAGGCAAAAUCACCUGAAGUUUCUUUUUUAUGUAUUUCAGCAGAAGGACUGCAGCCCACGGGAUGGACCCACGCUGGAACAGAAGAAUGUGAAGAGGAAGGAGGAGAGACAGCUCAUUAUGAUGUGA